AUGUCAAGACCAUCUGUGGCUCGAGUCUGUGUAGAGUUGGAUCUCCUCAAGGUGCAUCCAAUUCGGAUCCGACUAGGGGUUGAAGGGUCGACCUACUUUCAACCAGUCUUUUAUGAAAACAUGCCAUCAUAUUGUAGCGAAUGCAAAAGGCUCGGACAUGAUCUUCAAUGGUACCAAAGGCUCGGAGGAAAUCCAACCCUCUCAAAUGUUGCUAUUGAUGCAGCCAAAAAGAAAACCAUUGAUGAUGCCGAAAAUCCAGUCACUUCCACUGUUCCUAUCACAAAGUCACGGUUGCAAGAGGUCCCUGACGGUGAAGCUUCACUGUCUUUGGAUGUUGAUGCUGCCGCGCUAGUUGCUAUUGCGGAACCGCAGUUGCAAGAUAUUACAGCCGGCGAAGAAUCAUUGCCUAAUCCAACCCCUUCUACAAUUGUUGUUGUUGACGUAUCUGAUGAUACACUUCCGCGGUUGCAAGAAAAGGAUGCUGCAGUUUUUGUCGUGCCCCUAAAUCAACCCUCGGAUGAUCAUCGAUCCAGGGAUGUCGCUGCUGCUACUGAGAGUUCUCCAGGCUUGCAAAACAUUGAUGGUUCACUGCAGCAAUUGAAUUCUGCUGAAGCCGUCGCUGCUAAUAAGAAAUUCGUUGCGCAACACACCUUUUCUGGCCAAAUUGAUAUUGCUUCAUCCUCUGAUGUUGCCGCUGCAGUAGAUUCUCCUUUAGUAUCGAAUGAUACCAAACGGUGGUGCUUCAUCGCCGGAAGAAGUCUAAGAUCAGUUUCACCAGCGGCAGAGGAAAUCCCACAAAAUCCCGCAAAAUCUGAUAGUUACCGCAGUUAUAGCAAUUCCGUAAAUUCAGUACCAUCAACGCAGCUGUUACCCUUUGACUCGGUUUGUUUAAAUUUAAAUGGGGAUAACCACAAUUCUCUCACCUCCAAUCCGGUUGAUUCAGUUUCUAGAGAAGAUGAGGCAAAGUCAAACUCUCCACAAUCCUCAAAUAAGGAAGGAAUCUCUUCAACAAAAAUCUCCAGUAAUCAAAAGUUAAACCUUGAGGCUCCAGAAUUUAACAUCUCUCACCAGCCGCCACUUCUAGAGGUUUUACUGCCAAUUACGGCCCCAAAAACAUACUUUUCCAAGGAUGAUACGGAGAUAGGAAAGAAUACUGAGACUUUUAACUCAAGUUAUUUGAUUGAAGAAAUCAAUUCUGAAGGUGGACUAAAUCAUGCUUCCAAUGGUUCUGAUGAUGGCGAUUUUGACAUGGAGUAUGCAAUGGAACAAGAGUCCUUUUGCAGUGAAGUUUCUGCUCCAAUAUACCACAAUCAUUCGAAAAAAGUCAGGGCUAAAAAGAAAGUUCAAGUUCGUUGGUCUGCUAGAUUGAAUAGGAAUUCAUUUUUACCUUAA